GUCGGCCAAAGCUUGACGAGCGCGAUGUCCGACCGCUUCUCCCUGAAGUUGACCAGCGCCAAGCAUGGCGCAGCGACCGGCGCGUCGUCGGCAGCGUCCGAAUCAUCAAGGACUUCGCGCCGUGAGAAGCUGGCAGAGUACCUGCAGAGCCGCCGUGUAGAGAUGGCGACGACCAGCCGCGCCUCUGCCACCACCAAGCCCGCGGCCUCGGGCGCCGCACGGGGCAUGUCCCAGGCAGCCAUCGACCGCCUUAGCAAGCCUAAAGUCAACUCGUAUGCCAGCUCGUACCGCCCGACGGCGGGACUUGCAAAGCCCGAAAUCAGUGGACGAACGGCGUCGCAGGUGCCGUUGAAGUCGGACGCUGGACCGUCCAAGUCCUCUCGGACGACUUUCGACAAACCUCCGCCACCACCGGUGGCCGCCGUCGUUGAUGCCAAGCCUGUGGCAGCUGAGCCGCGCAUUGGUGUGGCAGCAGCAGCAGCGACUACCGAAUCUUCGUCCAGCGCGCUGCGGUAUCAACCUCGACCUGUAGCGUCUACAGCUGACGACACGCUUCAACACGUCAAGACGCGACUCAUGUUUGACGACUCGGACGACGACGAUGACGACGAUGUCGACCUUGCACCAUCCAUUGCUCCGUUCGCUGCGCCAUCCAAAGCCCAGCCCAUUGUGCCGGCGACGCCCAAGCCGGUGCGGUCACUCGUACACGGAAGAAGCGCCAAGACAGAACGCUUCAGCGCCUUCAAGCAGCCGCGGUCCCUUGAGAAGGCGGUCGCGGCCUCUCCAUUUGGAAACGCGCCAUGCUACCGACGCCAAGAAAACGUAUCGCUCGACCUCGACCUCGAAUGCAAGCCAGCACCAUCGCCUUUGGACGCGGCCACGACGCCGGAGGCGACCAAGUCGACCUUUGCGCUCCCGUCGAGCUCGAGUGCCCUGCGGCAUCAGAAGCAAGCAGACGCACCCAUGCCACAUCGAGACGUCCUCUCGUCGCACUUCAAGGUCAAGAAGAGCGCGUUUCCCGAGUCUGCAACGCCCAAGACGGCGCCAUCAAGCGUCACCAAGUCCCUUCUCUUCACCAAGACGGACGAGGCCGUUCCGUCAACCUCCUCCAAGGCCCUUCUCUUCACCAAGCCAAACGAGGCGGUCCCGUCGACGCCCUUGACCGAGACCGUGUACCGGUCCGUCGAGGUCCCGGCCUCGCAUUUCAAGGCCAAGAAGCCGGCCGAUCCGACGCCCAAGGAGCCAGUGCAAACGCUCUUGUCGACGCACUUCAAGCCCGCCGAGGUGGUACCGCCGGCCGCGCCGUCGCCGAAGAAGGACGUCGAGUUUACGGCCGCGCUCCAGACGCAGCUUCGCGCGCGUCUCGACGAAGCGCUGUACAUCUCCAAGUUUACCCUUGGCGGCGCACGCGCGGUCUUUGAUGACAUUGCGCGCAACUGCCCGAGCGUCGUGCUCACGAAAGCUGUCUACUGGCUGGCGCGAGCCAGCGUCGAGGAGGAGCACAAGGAUCUCAUGCGCGCCGACCAAAUGUUUGCCGACGGCCUCGACACGGUGCUCGAGCCGCUCGAGAAGGCGAUUCUCGAGGCCGCGCGGGCCGAGUUGCACGGACGCACGCAACUGAGCCAGCCAGCCGUCAAGAACAUCGUGGUCGAAGACAAGACGGUGCCGCUGACGCCGGAGAAGAAGGCCGAGUUCCUCGAAGACCUCUUUGCCCAAGGCCAGCUCGAAGAGAGCUUUUGCUUUGACUCGACCGAAACGCCGCCGACGCAGACCAAGCCGACGCAGCCGCCACCGCACAAGUACAACUCGACGACCAAGCAGCGCCCGCCCACGUCCUCGAACGAGUCGUCGCCGACGUACAUCCAUUUCAAGCCGCCGUCGGCGGUCAAGAAGAUCGACUUUGGCACGCCGCCGCACAGCGUCGGGCUGUUCGGGACGCCGCCGUAGCGCUCGACUCGACUUCUCGCCAUAGGAAUCCGUAGCUUUAUGUAACAUUCAACCCACUCGCCCGUCUCUGCAGCUAGGACCGCGCGUCCUUCUUGACCUUCUUC